AUGGCUUGUAAGAGAGUAGCGUUGGUGCUGCUCCAGCUCCAGCUGGUGGUGGUGCUGCAGCUGCCAGCAGCUCGGACGGCGGCAUUGCCUGGUUGUCCUGAUAAGUGCGGCAACAUCCCGGUCCCCUACCCCUUCGGCAUCGGACCCAACUGCUCCAGGGAAGGCUUCGAGAUUACGUGCAACGGCAGCACCAACAGAGCGAGAGCCUUCAUCGCCGACUCGAACAUCGAGAUCACCGGCAUAUCGCUAGAGCAAGCGGAGCUGCAUGCAAACAUUCCCAUAGCCUACCAAUGCUACAACGCCACCGGCAGCAUGGUCUCGAAGCGAGAUGAGCUACUGGUCGACCUUGGUAAGAAGCCGGCGUACAUAUUCUCGAGCACCCGCAACGUGUUCACCGCCUUAGGCUGCUUCGCUAUGGCAUAUCUGGAGAGCAAUUAUGAUGACGACGCAGGUUACCGAUAUGGUGGCGGCUGUGCACCCUACUGCUGGGAUGAGAAGAGCAUCGAAAGCGGCUCAUGCACCGGCAUGGGCUGCAGCCAGAUCUCCGUCCCGGAGGGGCUCGUCAACAUUUACAUCCAAUUUAGUGACUAUGGCACGGGAGCACCGUGGAACAUCAGUCCAUGCGCUUAUGCCUUCCUGGUCGAAAAGGACUCAGUUGCCACUGAAUCUGCUGAAGCGCUUGCCUAUUUGCAUUCAUCAACAUCUCGUUCCAUCAUUCAUGGAGAUGUGAAAUCCCUUAACAUACUCCUUGAUGACAAAUGUAUGGCCAAAGUAUCUGAUUUUGGAGCGUCAAAACUAGUCCCCAUGAAUGAAAGUGAAUUUAUUAUGCUGGUUCAAGGGACUAGAGGUUACUUAGAUCCUGAAUGCCUGCAAACCCACCAUUUAACAGAAAAAAGUGAUGUCUAUAGCUUUGGGGUGGUUAUCUUGGAGCUUAUCACCGGGAAGACGGCAAUCUAUUCUGAUGGAUCUGAAGAAAAGAAAAGUCUUGCAUCACAUUUCAUUUUGAUGAUGAAGGAGCAUAGGCUUCGUGAUAUAUUGGAUAAUCGAGUCAUAGAGGAAGGAGGGAUGAAGCUGCUUAAUGAAAUCUCCGAACUUGCAAUUCGAUGCCUCAAUCUUAACGGGGAAGAGAGGCCCACGAUGAAGGAAGUGGCAGAGAGGCUGCAACUGCUACGAAGAUCCAAACAGCACUCGUGGGAAGAACAAAGUCCUGAAGAGAUAGAGAUAGAGAUAGAGAUGGAGAGGUCGCCAGAUGAAGCCACAAGAUAUAUGACAACGGACACUAUUGGAUACCAUCAUUUAGAGGCAAAGAAUUUGCCGAACAUAAAUGCUGGGAGAUGA